AUGGAGACAAUCGAGCGGUUACUCGACUGGGCCGCAAACAAAGGCGUCAUCAUCAACGGAAUUGGUCCAACACCACUCCCCGGCCGCGGUAUAGGUAUCGUAGCAACUCGAGAUCUAAAUCCCGAUGAAGACAUUCUCACCGUCCCCGUCAAAAUCCUCAGAACCCUACACAACACACCCAAACCCAUCCGCCAAAAUCUCAAAGACUCAACCGUCCACGCCAUCCUCGCUACAUCCCUCUGUCUAGAAACAGACCCCGACUUCGCAACAUGGAAGGCCGUCUUCCCCACAGAACACGACAUCAACACCCUCAUGCCACUCAACUGGCCCUCCGAACUACAAAAACUCCUCCCCCUCACUGCAAAAUCUCUCCUCGCCAAGCAAAGAGCCAAGGUCGACACAGACUGGGCCCUAGUAUCAACAGCCUACCCGUCCAUAUCAAAACACCACUUCCUCUACGCGUGGCACCUCGUCAACAGCCGAACAUUCUACCACGUUACCAAAACGACGGAAAAGCUACCCAAAGCAGACCACAUGGUCCUCCAGCCCGUCGCCGAUCUAUUCAACCACUCCCCCAAUGGGUGUAGAGUUGCCUUCGACGACACCUUCUUCACCAUAACGACCACAACGCCCGUCAAGCGGGGCGACGAGUUAUUUAUCCGGUAUGGCUCGCACUCGAAUGACUUUUUGCUCGUGGAAUAUGGCUUCACGUUACCGGGGUCGUUGAAUCCGUGGGAUGAAAUCUGCCUAGAUGACUAUCUGUGUCCGCUGUUCACUAAGAAACAGAGGAUGGAGCUGGAGGAGAUUGGAUUCUGGGGCAAGUAUAUGCUCGAUUCGGAUACCGCGUGCUAUAGGACACAGACGGCGUUGCGUAUGCUGUGCUGUACGUAUACCCAGUGGAGGGAUGUGCUGGACGGGGUGAGGGACGAGGAUACCGAUCAGGAGGUUGUGAAUGAGGCGUUGGUUGAGGUUUUGGAAAGGUUUGACAAGGAUGCGCGGAGGAGACUUGAAGAAUUGGAUGGGUGUGCGGUUGGGAAUGCGGAUAUGAGGAGUGCUUUGAGGGAUAGAUGGUUGCAGAUACAGGAGAUGGUUGCUGCGACUAUAGCCCGUUUACAAUAA